AUGAGAGAUAAGUUAAGCAACGAAACUGAUUGGUUGGACCUCAAGGAAGACCAUGUGAUGCUGUUGAAACGUAUGAAGACGUUCAUGACCAUCACGGAUGAGACCGAGUGGCAACAUUUUGGACUCAUGGAAUCUCUCAAGAGAUUCGCGAACUGCACUCAGAAGCAAAACGAGUCUGUGAACGAUUACAGAAGGCGGUUCGAAGCUCAAGCUGACCAAGUAUUCGAAAUCCUUGGCACCGAUGUGUUGCAUGUCUAUGCGACCAAAACAAUGGGGUACCUGGAUCUGUACGAUCCGGAGGACGAUCCGGACGAUACCAAGGCACUUCAAGAAACGUUCAAGAAAGAAGUUCUGGAAACAUUUAAAGCCAGCGCAUUUUUCUACAACUGCGACAGGUCUCGCUUCCAAAGCAUGUUGGACAAGGCGAACCAGACCUACGCCAUGGAAUUCAAGGAAUACGAACAGAGAAAUGAAUAUCCGACUACGAUUGAUCAGGUCGCAAAAGCGCUGACCAAACAUAAGCCGGACAAUCGAGGAAAAGGUCCAACGACACCGAGACAUACUCCAAGAACAAACACAGCAAGCGGUAGUGUCCCUGACGGAGUGAGCAGCGCACAAGCGAAUGCUCGAACGACUACUCAAACGACAUCGUCACGACCGGCUUUUAGACGAUACAGCGAUGCACCCACUACUACUACUACUACUACUGCUUCAAGACGAGCGGGGAGAGCCAAUCUCCAAGUCCCUGCGACUGCAUCUGCGGCGCAGUCGGAUGCCGCGUCUAGCGUCACAGGAACGCAAGCAACUGGUCAACAACAUCGAAGCAACAUGCAACGAGCUGUUGUUGACAGGAGUGGAAAUGCCACUUCUGGUGCUACUGAUGUACCCGGCUCUUAUGUGGUACGAGGCAGAUCUGUUGCUGAUGGACAAUCUAAUGGUAGAAUUACAGGAUGGAACCUUGCACAAGUACGUGUAAGACCGAUUCUGAAGAAGAAAGCAGUCUCCACUGAAGACAGGGGACAAGAGUUACUAAUGAAGAAAUGGCAAGCACAACUAGAAGCUGCCAGUACUUUCAAGGACGAUGACAGCAUGGUCAGCGAUGGAAGCUUGAACAUGCAGAUCUACAAGUCGACCUCGAAGAUGGAUUCA